GAAACGCUAGCUUCAUUGUUAUCGAGUUAUCGUAGUUGUCUCUUGUGAGAAUUUGCUGUCACGUUCGAGAUCUCAAUACGCAAUUGGUUCUCUCUACUAGAAUAAUCAAUUCUCCCUACCCUUUUCACCACUGCAUCUAUUCAUAAUGUUCACUGCCUCCAUUCGUUCCAGCUUGAGAGCCAGAGCCGUUGCUCAAGUCCCCAGAAUGGCUUCGAUCACCAAACCUUCCAUCAUGUCCAGAGCUUCUGUGCUUCCACAGCAAAUCAGAGCCUACUCUGACCAUCACGAAGAGACGUUUGAAGAAUUCACUGCCAGAUACGAACAGGAAUUCGAAAAGGCUUACGACUUGUUCGAAGUGCAAAGAACCUUGAACAACUGUUUCUCGUACGAUUUGGUACCAGCUCCAGUUGUCAUUGAAAAGGCAUUGCAAGCUUGUAGAAGAGUCAACGACUACCCCACUGCUGUCAGAACCUUUGAAGCCUUGAAACACAAGGUUGAAAACAAGGAACAGUACCAGGCUUACUUGGACGAGUUGAAGGACAUCAGACAGGAAUUGGGCAUCGACUUGAAGGAAGACUUGUACGCCGACGAAGCCUGAACGCUUUUUUUAUACUAUGCUUUCUUAAUAUGCCCCAUCCAGCAUGUUGGCCAUCCUACAUCAAAUACAUCAUAAGCAUGCAGACAUCACAAGAGUCUUUUUUGUGUGGACUUUAGUUUGUUUUACUUUUUAUAUGAAAUGAAAACCACGAUUCAG